UCUAUGUAUUAGAGAAGUGAAUAUCUUUGCGAGUACUAGAGAAAAGCCUGGACUUAUUCAAAAACUCAGGCCAAUCCCGAGUCACAUGACACAACCACCGGCAGCGGCACAGAGCGCAAAAGGGACGCAGAGCCUCCGUAUCCGAGCCUGCACACCGCCAGUCCACCACCGCUAUACGCCCAAUUUCUUUUUAAUUGAAACCUUUUACUCCCGCUCGCAGGCACUGCCUCAGGACUAGGAUGACUGGGAAGACCCAGACCAGCAACGUGACCAACAAGAAUGACCCUCGCUCGCUCAACUCCCGCGUUUUCAUUGGCAACCUGAACACAGCCGUGGUAACCAAGGCUGACAUCGAGGCCAUUUUCGCCAAAUAUGGGAAGAUCGUGGGUUGCUCUGUCCACAAGGGCUAUGCCUUUGUUCAGUACGCCAGCGAGAGGAACGCGAGGGCAGCUGUGGCAGGAGAAAAUGCCAGGGUUAUUGCUGGACAGUCACUAGAUAUCAACAUGGCCGGAGAGCCUAAACCAUACAGGCCUAAGUUGGGCUCCAAGAGGCCCCUCUCAUCCCUCUACAGUGGCUACGAGUUUGACUACGACUACUACAGAGAUGAUUUCUAUAGCAGACUCUUUGAAUACCACGGUCGUGUUGUACCCCCGACCAGGGCUGUGAUCCCCAUCAAACGUUCGCGGCUAGUGGUCCCCUCCACACGCAGAGCCAAAUCCUCCUUUCCAGUCAGAGCCUGCUCUUCCUCUUCCUCCUCAUCCUCGUCCUCCUCCCGGGCACUCAAUGUGGGGUCCUCAAUCACAGGCCCUAAACUGAAGACAGACCAGCUCGUAGCGAUCAAAAAGGAGCUGUUGCAGAUCAAGACCAAGAUCGACUCCCUGCUGGGAAGGCUCGAGAAGAUUGAGCGGCAACAUCAUUCUGAUGUCGAGAUGCAGAGGAAACAAGAGGAGAUGUGUGAGUGUCUCCAUGGUGAUGUAGCAGACCACUCUGGUGGGGAGGAAGUGGAGGGAACGGUCGAGGUGGAGGCGGGGGAAAUGACGGACGGCGGCGAAGACGACUUUGAAGAUGAAGGCACCAGGGACAUGAUAGAGAACCACAUAUCAGACAUUGACAACUGAGUCAGUUGGAACCGGGUAAGGGUGCGUGAAGUUGGGAGAACAGAUACCAGCAAAACCUUCUUGAACAAGAGGAAGGUGCAUUCGAAAUUAAGGGAAUUGCAAUGAGGGAGAAGGCAGAAGGAGUUUUUUCAGACUUGUUUGUUGCUUGUUUGCCUCAUUAGAACAUGACACUCCUGAUGUGUGCUUCAUCAAAAUGCUGGUUAGGAAUAUUCUCCAGACGACUGAAAGAUCAACUGCAAAGAGCAAUCAAUAAUCAUCUAAUCUGAUUGCCUCUGAGAAAAAUAAGGACAUUAUAUUGUGUGCUUAAUAUAUAAUGAUCUGUAUUGUGUAUAAAAAUACAGUAAUGUGAUCAACCAGAUGAACCAUAAAAUGCGCUCCUUUGUUGAAUGUUUGUUCUGUUUCUGUGCAUUAAAAACUGUGACAGUCCAGGAUACUGGCAAAGAACUCAAUAUGAAUGUAAGAGGAACACAUUUUUUUGAGAGUUGAUAACUACGUGAUUUGCUUUAUUUGUUAAUUUUCUUGAAAUGUACAGUAUGGAAUUUAGUGAUACUGUCUCUACGCAGUAUAGUAAGCACUUCAUGUUUGUCAUUUAUUAGGCACAAAAAAA